CGAUGUAUGAAUUAUAUAUUUAUUUAAUUUUUUAUCUAAAAUGUUUACAAAUACGAGUAAAAUUUGUGCUUGCACGAAAAGUGGCGAUUUAUUUUUUUACAGUGUAAUUUACAUUAUUUUUAUUCCGACCCCUUUCGCAAUUAAUCGGCAAUGGAAUGAUUAAAUUUCCGAGGCGAGGUGUUAUGUCGACGCUCAAGCAUUGUGAGCGUUAUAAAAGAUACAUGUAAAAUAUAAAAGAUACAUGUAAAAUAUAGAAGUGAAAACAUGUUGUGUGUUAAAUAGUGUGUUUUGUUAAGUAAUAUGGAUAAAGCACAUAUUUCCAAUGAUGCAGCGAUCGUUACCACAGCCCAGGUUAAAACAGGUGGUAAGGAAAAUGAUUUAAAUACUCAACAAAAUGAUACUGUGUCCAGUGUUAAUAAUAGUGAGAUGGGCAGCGAUUUAAAUCUUCACAUUUCGGACGAUUCCAAUCAGCAUUCGGAAAGUUAUGAGUAUAUUGAUUAUGAUCCUGAGAACGCCCUGGAUUUUGCAGCCACCAACGUUAGGUAUUCAGAAUGUGAUGAUAGUUUAGAUUUAGAGAGUUCCGACAAAGAGCAUUCUUGUGAUGAUAGUGAAAGCACUGAGCAAAUCGAAGGCAUUUCCAGUUACGAAGAACUAACCAGCCAGGAUGAACUAGAAAGUGGAGGUAAAUUAGCUACAAUUAUGAAUAUCGAUACACAAAUUCCCAAAGACUCUAGUACUACACGGGUUGUUGCUGAUGUAAUGUAUGCACGACCUGAAACGCAGCCAAAAACUGAACACAACAGUUGGGAAAGUAUCCAAGGUCAAUCUAAACAACUCGUGGAUACACCGAGAACGUUUAAAGCUGCUAAAUGCAUACAGUUCACAGAUGAUGCAACAUCCUCGACGGACAUGAAACCUUUGUUUAAUGAAAUGGAUCAUUGUGAAAGUCCAAGUACCUCUGAUUCGUUUGAAUCUCAUUUACAAAAAGCCAAAGACAAACAGAAUUGUAUAGAACAAAAAAUGAAGAAUCUAUUAAAAUCUUUAAUGAUUUUAAACGUACGUAACAUGGCUAAACAUAUGAGCAACGAAGUUGCCACGUUUCAUGAGUACGUUUACAAUGUUUACAAUACUAAAAGUGAGUAUAAUCGUGAUUAUGUGCAAAACUUUCAUGAUUACAGCUCUAUGUUGACAGAGAUUCAAAAUUAUAACUCCAGUCAAGAAACGGCUUGGGCUAGACAGAAAUAUCAGAAUAAGUAUUUUGGUGCAGGUUCAUCGGCAAAUCAAGUGCAUCCUAAGUGUGUGGCACAACCCCUAUUUCCACCUUUAGAUCCUAAAGAAUCCAAAAACAUAAAAGAUGCUUGUUCACAGUUCAGUACGCAAUUACAUUUAUUAGAAACCACAAUGGACUCGGAGGCUACUGAGAGCAGUUCUAGUGAUGAAAGUGUUUGUGGUGAUUAUACUAACGAAUACCAGAAACAUCUACCUCUUUCCAAACGUACGUCUACACAAAUAAGAAAAUUAGAGAACUCGUAUGCAUCACGAAUGCGUUGGAUACAACUGCAUGUGUCGUUUUUGGAAGUACAAAAAAAGUAUCACGAUUACAUACACAUGGUAAUACAAACUAUGAAGUCAAAUUUGAGGUUUAUUGAUAACGAUACUAAGGAAUCGGUUUCGGUCAACACUAUAUCAAAUGCGUCUGAAGAGCAGAGUUUUAGUUGUGCCAGGAUUAGACCGUUGGAUGUACAUCACUUCAAAAAACGUAAGUUGGUCCAGACGCAAAAUUUGCAUACGGUUUCUAAAUUAGCAGCACAGACGACUUCUAUCAAAUGUGGUUGCCAAUGGCCGUACCAGCCUUGUGCUUUGUGCACCGGACGUGUAGAUCCAACAGCACCAAGACUACCAAACGAUUGUCUGGAUUUGCAGAAUCGAUUGGCGUUGUUGGAUCCUGGUAUGCAUCCUAAUUUAUCAGUGUUGUCCGAGGUGCACCAGAAUAUACAUUUUAACGCUAUUAUGAAAAUGCCUGAGUGGCAAGCUAAAAUGAUUAGGUGUGGACCGAGGAUUAAGACGUUGCUUGCAGCAACGUCUGCUGCUGAUAGACGGAUGCUGAAGGAGGAGUUGAAGCACGACAGGCCUAGGAAGUUUGUUAAAAAGUCCAACAUUGCGUCUGUGAAACCGAUGAAGCACGGGUUUAAAAAGCGUGGGCGUAAGCCCAGUUCGUCCAAGUCUGGUAAACGUAGGAAGAUACCUGAUUUGGAUGACCAUUGUGACUCGUCGUUGUCUACAAAUAUGUCGGAGGAGUCCCAGAAUGUCACUUGGCCCAAAGAAACAUCCAGACAAGCGCAGAGAAGCACUUCAUUUGACAUAGACAACAUGGUGAUCCCUUACGGUGUUCCUGUAUCCACCAAAGUACAAGUAUUACCUUAUAAGGAAAUUAUUACACCAAAGUGGCGGGUUGUUAAUUACGAACCCCUUACUGGUGAUGAUGUCGUUGAUGCUGCAAUUAUGAAUCAUGAGAGUGCAACGGAUCCAACAAAAGCCAGGAGUUGUCCGAGUGCUUUGGAAAGCGAUGAAGAUGUUUCAGAAGAAAAUUGUUUGAAGAGACAUAUGCGUUGUCUGUUGGAGGAGCGCAAGAAGUUUGGUGUGUACACCAAGUUUUCCUGGACCACAAGAUCCAGGGCGAAUAGGCGUUUAGAAAGCAAGACCAUGGAUAUGAUGCCGGUGACUCCUCAAUCUGAACACACCAGCGAAAGCGAGCUCCAGCAAGGCUUGAACGAAACCACAGAAUCUCCUGAAAACACUGAAAUGAACACGGACGUCAUGGCCGACUACGCCCUGGACAGAAUCACCAAACGCAAAUCCAUGCAGUACACAAAUUUGUUAAACGAUGGUGACACUUUCUCGGACCACAACGAGCAACCGUUCACCCCCAGACAAUUUCCUCUAACCGAAGACGAUUACGAAACAAUGGUGUCCGUGAUGCCUGCAAAACACACAGAAAUCCUCAGCCUGAUGCAGAGUGGCGAAGGCAAUGAUAGAGUCCUUCGACAAUCCAUAACCGAGUCUGAGAACGUGGACAUGGACGUGACCAGCCCCUUCAACGAGGUCAUCGUCCAGAGAGAGGGCAACAUGGACGAUGGUGUCCUGGAACAAUUCACAAUGACCGAUAGUGAGGAAUCCGUUACCUUAGACGAUCCUGAUGACCCCGAAUGGGGAUGACACCUAAUAAGACAAUAAAAGACUUAUAAAAGAAAUUUUUGACCUGUUAGUUUAAUAAGACCUAGCUUUAAAUUGUAUAUUUGUAAUUAAGUCUGUACAUAGUCUCGUGUUUAAUUUUGUAAAUUUUUUAAUAUAAUUUUAUGUUAUAAGAUUAUAACGAGU